GUAUUUUCAGAUAUGGUGCGGCUGGUGUUGUUGUGUAUGUCGGUUUAGAUUCCCUCUCAUCAUUUUCUCUCUCUCUUUCUCUUUCUCUCUUCUGCCGCGCAGCUCAGUAUAAUCACACCCCUCCUUUUCCAUUCAAAUCUUUCUCUCAUUCCCACCUCUUAUUCAAAUACCUUUCCUCCAUUGCUGCUCAAACCAGAUAGCUUUUCUCUAUUUUCAAUCACACUUACCUCUGCUCUUCUAUAUCAGUAGAGUAGUCUUUUGAGUCUGAUCUCUUUCCACCUCAAAUGUUGAUCAUUCGAUCGAAAUCAAAUAGAUCUAUUUCAAUCUCUUUCACUACUUCUCUGAUUGCUCUGUUUUGACCCUUUUAUUCGUAAAUCAUUCGUUUUUCUUUCAAUCUUUUAAAUACCCUUUACUGUUCUUGUCUUUAUCUCAACUGGGUUGAUCUCAGAUCUUCGAAAUAGUUGAUAAAAAAAAUGUUGGAUCAGACUGACAAGCGAUCGGAUUCGGAAGACAUGAGUAGCAAAAACCCAAGUGGGGUUUCAUCAGAAGAAAGCCAUAAGAAAACCUGUGCUGAUUGUGGUACCACCAAAACCCCACUUUGGAGAGGCGGUCCAGCCGGGCCUAAGUCGUUAUGUAAUGCUUGUGGGAUCAGAAGCAGGAAGAAAAGAAGAGCUAUUUUGGGUUUAAAUAAAGGAAGCUCAGAUGAUCGAAAGGCAAAAAGAGCAAGCAAUAACAAUGGCGGCGGCGGCGGUGGUAGUAAUAAUAACAACAACAAGCUCGGCGAUGGGCUUAAACAAAGAUUAUUAGCUUUGGGAAGAGAAGUUUUGAUGCAAAGAUCAACGGUCGAGAGGCAAAGAAAGAAGUUGGGAGAAGAGGAACAAGCGGCUGUGUUAUUGAUGGCUCUAUCUUAUGGCUCAGUUUAUGCUUAAGCCUUAUUAGUAUUAAUUAAUAAUAAUUAUAAUAUAAUUAUUAUUAUUAUUAUAUAUAUAAUAAAGUUUGAUUAAAAAAUUUCAUUCCUAACCUUUCUCUUUCUCUCUCUAUAUCCUUUUUCUUUCUCUCUCUACCAAGUGUCCCAUCCUCUUGUUGCCUGUCCUUUUCGAUGGUGAAGAUUAUUUUUUUUUUAAAUUGUUUUUUAAUUAUUAAUUAGUUUUUUUUUACUGACUGGUUUUUGGGAUAGUGAGAGUAAUUGUUGUAGUUGUGUUAUUAAUUGUACUUGAGCAAGUGUAAGAAUUUGAAGAUUAAUUCUUAAAAGAAAUUUUGGCUGA